UUGCCGCGGUGGAAGUCAUGGUUAACACGUAGCCGGCGUUCGACGUGUCCUAGCCUCUGCUAGCCUCCCACAGUUCAAGUGUCAGGCAGGCAGCGAGAGACACUUCGUUAAUCUGUCGCGCGCAACUGGAGAGUCCACGGGCGUUUACCGGUGCACAUAUGGCUAAUGCCGACACGUUGUGAGGUGUCGACGUACACACGCGCACGCACGCUGAUAUAUACGCACGUCUAGCGCGCUCGUACGCGGCGGACGUUCGAGGAAUAACGGGAGAAAACAUGCUGUCGAACAAGUCGUCGUCGUCGUCGUCUCCCCCACAGCAAUUGUCUCCAUCGUCCUCCUCGUCAACGUCGUCCACGUCGUCGGCUAACGCGAAGGUCAUGUUCCCCGACAAGAGGUCGACGACUAAGCAGAUGAAGUCCUCCACGCUGACGAACGCCGCCGGCCUCAGCUCCCUCAUCACCUUCACCGUACUCCUACUCGCCUGGAUCUCGGGCUUCGCCUCGCGGCUCUUCGCGGUAAUACGCUUCGAGAGCAUCAUACACGAGUUCGAUCCCUGGUUCAACUACAGAGCGACGGCGUACAUGGUGCAACAUGGAUUCUACAAUUUUCUAAAUUGGUUUGACGAACGAGCUUGGUAUCCAUUGGGCCGGAUUGUUGGUGGCACUGUUUAUCCUGGGCUUAUGAUAACGUCUGGCUCGAUACACUACGUACUGCACUCCCUGAACAUACCAGUGCAUAUAAGAGACAUAUGUGUGUUCCUAGCUCCAAUUUUUAGUGGCCUUACUGCCAUAUCCACUUAUUUAUUAACAAAGGAGAUAUGGAGCGCCGGGGCUGGUCUGUUUGCCGCCUGUUUUAUCGCUAUCGUGCCCGGUUAUAUCUCGCGAUCUGUAGCCGGCAGUUACGACAACGAGGGAAUCGCGAUCUUUGCGUUGCAGAUCACCUAUUACCUCUGGGUCAAAUCGGUCAAGACCGGCUCGAUCUUCUGGGCGAGCGUGACUGCUCUGUCUUACUUCUACAUGGUGUCGGCAUGGGGCGGCUACGUGUUUAUCAUCAAUCUGAUUCCGCUCCACGUGUUUGCCCUACUGGUCUUGAACCGCUUCAGCAAUCGGUUGUUUACUAGCUAUACCACAUUCUACGUUCUCGGACUUUUACUAAGCAUGCAGAUACCAUUCGUUGGUUUUCAACCGAUUAGAACUUCCGAGCAUAUGGCGGCAAGUGGUGUAUUCGGUUUGAUAAUCUUUGUAGCAGCUUUUAGAUACUUAAGAACCGUACUUACGAAAUCCGAGAUGAAAUAUUUCGGUGGUGUGGUGGCUGUAACAUCCAUUAUGCUACUAUUAGCUUUGAUCGUCUUAACGUACACUGGCGUUGUUGCUCCUUGGAGCGGAAGAUUUUAUUCGUUGUGGGACACUGGUUACGCCAAGAUACAUAUCCCUAUAAUAGCGUCUGUCUCGGAACAUCAGCCGACAACUUGGUUUAGUUUUUUCUUUGAUCUGCACGUUCUUGUUGCAUUGUUCCCGGUUGGUCUUUGGUAUUGCAUUACACACGUCAACGACGAACGUGUCUUUGUCGUACUGUACGCCAUAAGUGCCGUUUAUUUUGCUGGUGUGAUGGUAAGACUUAUGCUAACUUUGACUCCGGUAGUGUGUAUGCUGGCUGGAGUUGCCGUCAGCAGACUCGUUGAGCUAUUUCUCAAAGAGGAGGACAGGGAUGGAAACAACGGUAGUGAAAGCAACGAGGAGAGUGAGGAGGAAAGAGAAAGAAGCCCCGGCAGAGCGUUGUACGACAAGGCCGGUAAACUUCGCAGAAUGAAGCACGAGAGGUCGAAGGGCAACGGCGAUGGAUUGGGCCCCAAUCUCCGUAAUGUCGUCGUUAUCGGUAUGCUGAUGCUGCUGAUGAUGUUCACCGUGCACUGCACGUGGGUGACUAGUAAUGCCUACUCCAGUCCGUCUAUCGUGCUGGCAUCUUAUAGUAACGACGGUGGUCGCGCUAUACUGGACGAUUUUCGAGAGGCUUACUAUUGGUUAGCCCAAAACACCGCCAAUGACGCUCGAGUCAUGAGCUGGUGGGAUUACGGAUACCAGAUUGCUGGUAUGGCUAACAGGACUACCCUUGUGGACAAUAAUACGUGGAAUAAUUCACACAUAGCUUUGGUCGGUAAAGCGAUGAGCUCGAAUGAAAGUGCCGCUUACGAGAUCAUGACGUCCCUGGACGUGGACUAUGUGCUAAUCAUUUUUGGCGGGAUGAUCGGAUAUUCCGGUGACGACAUCAAUAAAUUCCUGUGGAUGGUCCGUAUCGCCGAGGGCGAACAUCCUCAGGACAUUCGUGAGAGUGAUUAUUUUACUGAAAGGGGAGAGUUCCGUGUGGAUUCGGAGGGUUCCCCGACUUUAUUGAACUCGCUGAUGUACAAGUUGAGUUAUUAUCGGUUCGGGGACGUUAAGAUAGACUAUCGGUCGCCUUAUGGUUACGAUCGCACUCGUAACGCGGAAAUAGGCAAUAAAAACUUUCAGUUAACGUAUCUGGAAGAAGCUUACACCACUGAGCAUUGGCUUGUCAGGAUUUACAGGGUGAAGAAACCAGCAGAGUUUAAUAGACCAAGAAUUCCGAUUUCCGAGCGAGUUAUCACGCGCCGUGCGAAUUCGUAUAUUAGUAAAAAGUUGAAGUUAUGGGGGGUCGGGCAUUGAUGUUUCAGACCGCACGGCGUAAACGAGGUUUCAUCAAAGGCCGGCCAGUUGUUAUUAAAGGACAGAAACCUCAACGACGAACGACGUAACGAAGAUCCGCUGACUAUUUCAUAAACAGUUUGCAAAUACAACUUUUGUAAUAAAAGAAUUACCGUCCCUUGGGUCUACCACAAAACUAUACCUCGAACUAAGAAUUUAAUGUCGUCAGAAACAGGUUCAACCGGCUUGAAGAGUAGAAUAUUCCAAUAAUUUUUGUCAUUUUUCCAGAACGGGUUGACAGAUUGGUUAACAGAUUUUACGAAUAAUUGUUUUUAUGAAUUUUUUGUUUGUUACAUGUUUAUUCAUCAUUUUUUGCAAAAAAAUCUUUAAUCGUUUAAUUUUACAUGAUUAUAUAGUUUAUCAAUUAAAAUUAAUGUAGCAAACUUUUUUUUUCAAAUGCAGAUCAUGCAAUCAUCUCCGAUAUAAGUCAAUAUAUUUAUAUUACUAUCUUCGUUAGAGAGCGAGUCACAUACUUUCUUCUUUUCUUUAUUCGUUCUAGAGGAAUUAAAUUUCUCAUUUAAUAAUUUUUUAUUCGAACCAGUUGUGCAUUUAAUAGUUAAUGGUGUAAAAUAACUUGAAAUUUAUUUGUUAUUAAUCAACAAUUGUAUGGAGGUCUCGUGUAAAUUGAGAUGCGUAAGGUAUCCUAGUUAGUGUACACACGCGUUUAUGUGACAUAAUACGUUUUAAUAUAUUAUAACGAUAUUGCGACGAACAGGAGUUUGCCGACAAGCAAACUUUUACCAAUUUACAGCUAAAACACGUGGGGAACGAUCGAGUGUGUGUGUCUUGUGUACACAGUUUGUUGUAUAGCACCUUGUUGAAAGAUAAACAUUUGUGAUAACACAGUGUUGUUAUUUACAAAAUCGUAUUUAAAACGUGAAUCCAAUUUAAUUUCCGUUUCACUUAAUUAGAGAAAUUUUUUCGGGAAAACAAAUUAAAUAAAAUUACACGUACAGAUUUAGCAUUUUUUUAUGUGACAUACAGUGCAAAGGUAUUUAAAUUAUAUAUUACAUGAAGUAUUACGUAACUGAACAUUUGUCAUUAAUUACGUAAUUUUCAUAAAUUUUGAUAUAUACAAAAAAAGUAUUAUAUAAUUAUAUAAUAUGUACAUAUAAUUGCAAAGAUAUUGUUUGUGAAUGUAUCAUUUAUUGGCAGAUAAAAUUUGUAAUUUUUUUUAAUGUUUAAAAAAUUUCGAGUGAUAAAUAUUGAUCUACGUACGACAGGUGAAUAAUACAUUUAAAUCUUCUUUUGUAAGUUGACUUACAAAUUUUUUUAAAACAGUUUUUACCAACAUCCAAGCAAAAAGCGAUUUAUUCAUUUUACAUAACGGUUAAAUUAUGAAUCCUGGAUAAAUAAUCUUUGCGAUGGAUCUACGAACUGCGCUUUUGUCGAAACUGAUAAUAAAAUCGAAACUUCC